AUGCAGCGCGUGUCGCUCCGACUCGUCCACAUCCUCACUCGAGCGACUUCCUCGUCGUUCAUCCACGCAGCGACACCCCCGACGAGUCUAGCACCUUUGCAUCGCCAUUUCGCUUCAUCCCAGCAUUUGUACUCACAGCCCAGCUCCCAAUCCAUCCCCACACUCCCACCUCACCCCCUCUCGCGAGCUGCGAUGCCGGACUCGAUCAGCGUCACCUUCCUCGGCACCGCAGCGGGCAAGCCCUCUCCAACCCGUAACGUCUCAUCCUUGGCUAUCAAAGUUGACAAAGCCAUGUGGGUGCCCAGGAAAGCAGUUUUGGGCUGCGAGAACCUGUGGCUCAUAGAGUUAGCUCCCCCCUCGCAGAUGGGUCGUCGACGCAGGCGAAGCGACCCAACACCAGUUCCAGAAAUCUAAACUCAAAAUGAGUCAAAUCACGCAUAUCUUCAUCACCCACAUGCACGGUACGCAGCACCUCCUACACCUGACCUUCCCUCCGAUCCUCUAACGCUGACUCCUGCUCCGGAGGACAAUUCCUCAGGUGAUCACGUGAAUGGACUACCGGGCUUGCUGUGCACGGCCAGUGAAGGGCAUGCACAACUUGAUCAAACAUUGACGGGUUCAGGCGCAUCGGCAUUGACUUCAUCCGACGAGGUGAGCACUUUCACCCAAGCUCAGGGACGCGCCCGGAUGAAAAACUCUGCUCCUGUUUUCCCCCAAAGGUACUCACCCAUCCCCUCUUUCUCUUCGUGCCCAGCCCGCCACCAUCAUCUAUGGCCCCUCAGGUCUUCGACAAUUCCUCCGCACGACCCUUUCGCUUACUUAUUCCUACCUCGCCCGACCUUACGUAGUCCACGAGCUGCUCUUCCCCGGAGAUCCGAUCUGUCCUCCACCGCCAUCAGCUUCGACUUCGAAUUCUCCUUCUACCGAGGAUGAAGGAGCUCCUCAUCGAGGUGUGUUGAUGAAUGAACGACCUGGCUUGGAUCUUUGGAUUAAUGAGGCCAGUCAAGGAUGGGAGGAUUUCGUCGCUCUGGCCGACGGAGCGGUCAAAGUCAGUGCGGGGCCGAUAAAACACACGGGUACGCUUGUCUUCCUCCCUGCCCCCAAUUGUCCUAAAACGACCCAAGACGAUAAUCCACCCCCACCCCCUCCCCGUUUCUCCGCCAGUCCCCUGCCUAGGUUACAUAUUCCACGAAUCGCCUCGACCCCUACCCCUUGACCCCAAACUCUACAUACCCCACUUGAAGCGUAACGCGCCCGCGCUCUUGGCCACCCAAGGCAUUCGUAACCCUCUCUCCCUUCUAUCGGUCCUCACCUCCCAACGAAAAUCCCUCACCUUACCAGAUGGGACGCUUCUCCACCCCCCUGCUUUAGGGCCCAAAGGGAGGAAGUUAGUCGUCUUGGGGGACACUUACGAUGCGCUCGGAGGUUCGAUCGAACGUUGGUCCCAGGACGCCGAUUUGGUGAUCCACGAAGCGACGAACGCUUUCCUUCCCCAAAGCGAUGAAUCCCAACGAAAUAAACCCGAUAUCACCCUCGAGAGCGUUCGACGUAAAGCGAAGGAACAUGGGCAUUCGACACCGGAGGGAGCAGGGGAAUUCGCGAGGAGGGUAGGCGCGAAGGCUUUGGUGAUGAAUCAUUUGUCGGGGAGGUAUACGGAUUAUGGGCUCAAGGAGGAGGAUGGGGAGGCGAUGGAGGAGACGGAGGGGGUUAGGGCUGGGAGGGGUAUGUUGAGGGAGAUGGAGGACUUGGCUACUAGAGCCUGGUUGGGAGAUGCGCAGGAAGGGGAGGGGGAGGGACGGCCGAGGGCUAGGACGGCGAGGGAUUUGAUGGAGGUUGUGGUCAAGAGGAGAGACAAGAUGUAG